AUGCAGCAGAAAGAAGCCGAAAACGAGGCAAAUCCUGCGGAUUUAUCGCUGCGGACGAACAAGCUGCGGAACUUGAUUUUGCUGCAGCGUCUGGGUCUAGAGCUGCCGUCUGACGACGCCAGAAUCCUCGAUUUGAGGCGGCAGCUCCACGAGGUCACUGCUGAGCUCGAUUUCAAAAAAGUCUCUUAUGCCCAGGUGAUAGAAAAGGCCCGGCAGCAAGACAAGGCGCUGCAGCAGCAGCAGCAGCAGCUGCAGCAGCAGCUGCUGCGCUUCGAGAAGUUCAUCGCCACCAACACCGAAAAGACCCUCUGGGCAAACCAAAGAGCAGCAGCAGAAAAGGAGACACUUAAGAAAAAGGAGACAGAAUUAAAAAGACUAAACAGAGAGUUGCAGCUGCAGGAGUUGCUGCUGCAGCAGCAGCAGCAGCAGCUAGCAGACUGUUCGAACCCCCAGGAGCUGCUUUUUGCUGCUGCUGCAGCGCAGCAAAGCAGCUCUUUGCUGCAGCAAAGUGGCUCCCCGCAGCAGCAAAAUGUGACUUUAAUGGAGCUGCUGAAAAGGGCCUUUUUGCUGCAGCAGCUGCAGCAGCAGCUGCGCAAAAAGACCAGAAAGUCCCAAUCUGCUGCUGACGAACUCCGCGCAGAGCUGCAGGCCCACAGGCGCGCGCUGGAAGCCAAAACGGUCGAAACGAACAACCGGCUGGCGCGCUGCCAGCAGCAGCUGGAAGCUGCGUGGCCGCAGCAGCAGAAGCAGCAAGAAAGCCGCGAGCAGCAGCUGCAAAGCCUCGCUCGAACUGCUGCGCAAAUCGCAAAAGUGCUGCUAGCUGUUGAAAGCAUGUACCGCCGCUGCGCAGCUAGCCGUCCCGCGCUGCAGCACGGAAGGGCUGCCUGGCUGCAGCAAAAGCGCGAGGCUGCUGCUGAGAUGGAGGGCGAGGGUUCGGCAGCAGCAGCAGGAGGGGGCAGCAAGAGCAGCAGCAGCAAGGGGAGCAGCAGCAAGAGCAGCAGCAGCAGCAGCAGCAGCAGCAGCAGCAGCAGCAGCGGGGAGGAGUCGGCGCUGCAGCGGAAGUGUCGGUACACCGCAGCACUGCUCGACGCCAUCUUCAACUUCAUUUUGGACUUCAAAGAAAUUUCCGAAAUUUUAAUUAAAAAGAAAAAAAACAAAUCCAACAAAACCCUCAACGUGGCCCUGGAGGAACAAACUGAAGGCCAGCGAGGGUUUAGGGUUAAGGACAAAAUAGAAUUCGUUCCCACGAAGGCUUUGGCGAGGGCCAAAGAAACCCCCAAAGCAGCAGCAGCAAAAAGCGCAGCAGCUUCCACGCGCAGCAGCGCCGGCUAG